CGUACGUGUUCGGCGGCGUCGGCGACGGUCGUCGCGGCGAAAUUCGUCAGUCGAUUUACCGUUCCGCGAUACAUUCCUCGCACGUACACGCCGGGGAAACGCGUAACUCGAUCGGAACACCAUGUUCCGCGCAAGUUUGCGUCCGUACCCGGCAACCGUUCUUGCGACCGUCUGCUGAACCUCCACUCUCGCUGCCCUCGCACGCCGAAAACGUAGGCGAGGUUAGACAGAGAGAACGGCAUAGAGGAUUGGGAUCGAGAGGAAACGACUUUGGUUUCGAGAGGGAGGAAAAGGGGAUACGCGACGUUUGAGAAUACGAAUCGGCGCAACAAGAUUUGCUUGCAAAAGAUCGGACGCGGUUUCCCUUUAACGUUAGAGACGAACUGGAAGGAAGUUAAAAGCGCGUGAGUGAGAAUCUAAAUAAAGAACUAUGCGGAGCAGUGGAUGAGCGGAGUGGGGCGGAGUUGGCUUCGAGAGGGAAUAUGCGGUGAGUAAGAAUGGUACUGCGAGCCGCAUGCAGCAUCGAGGCGAGCACAUUCCCCAAUGGCGUACGGAUCACCGACCGAGAAGGAAGAACGUCGGCCGGGACGGAAGCGUCCGUGGUUGAUCGCCGCGUAGAUUCGCGUAACGUGCACGAGGUACGUGGUGGCAACGCGACCAGAUUCUCCCUGUUCAAAUGGUUCAAAAUCCGGUCCGGUAAUCGGGACUCGACCGUUGAGAAGAGGCGGAGAACGAUCGACGAUACGAAAUACGGGGGGAGCGAGAAGAGCGGGGGGGACCGAAGAAGCGCGUCGUCGAGCGUGGAGAGCGUGGACACGUUUUACAGCACCACCACCGUGCGUAGCUUCGCGUUUCACACGGGCACCCUGGCCAGAUGCGAUGGAUUCUCGCUAGACGCGCUCGAGCAGGCGGCCGAGGUUGGCCCGUUCGCGGCCGGCGCCUCGAAAGUCGCAGUCGCGGGCAGCAACAAAGAGAACGAGUCGGGGGACGCGGCGUCCACGUUGCCCGCCAACGUUCACAGAAGGGACAUAACGGCCAGAUAUUCCCUGCAACCGUCUGCCACGUUCAAUUCUUGCGGCAAUCUACCGGCCCCCGAUCCUCGAACGUUGUUGGAAUCUCUCAAGAGGUUGGACGAGCGGAGGGCUCGUUACGCCGUCGACUCGACCCGUAGACGGGUGCACGUGAAAGGGAAGCGGCGGGCGCCUAAUCCUCCCGUGGAGGUGAGAGGAGCGGAGGUAGAUGCGCGCGAAACAGGGAGGAACAGUAACAGGCGAAAGCGACGCGCGCCGAAACCGCCCGAGAGGAUCGCGCGCGAGGAUCGGGUUACCGAUGGCGGAAUGGACGCGGUGGAAACUACGCGGGCAGACACCGAGGACGUGCAGACUCUGAGCAACGACACGUUGGUCCUUCAAGGGGGCGUUCUAUUGUCGAAACGAGAGGCGAGGCGGGAGAAGAGGGACGGGACGAGUGGCGGCUCGUCCGACACGACGACCAUUCUUCGCGAGAGCCAGACUGCGGCGGCCACCACCGCAGUUGGAACUUUGAGCGCAGCCAUGCCACGACCUUGGUACAAACGGAGCGUCUUCGAGCAUUCUCGGGAUUCCGGGGCGUCGAGGAGGGGCGAUGUCCUCCGAGCCCCGACAAGCUCCACGAUCGAAAUAAAAGAAGAAUGCGGUGCCACGAACGCCAACACGACCACCGCCACCUCCUCCUCCUCCUCCUCCACCUCCGGUUAUUCCGUCGACGCGUCUUUGUCCAGGUUGAGCUUCUUCCACCGUGGCGGGCAAGCCGAGGACAGAAGAAGGGAAGCGAAACGGAGAUCCGGCCUCUCGAUUCUCACCAACAUCAGCGAGCUGGACAAAGAGGCGGCAGCGAUCGUUCAGGAGGAACAGGCGCGCGCCAGGGCCUCGAUGCUGUUGAACUCGUCGAGAUUCGUGGACGCGUUCGAGAGAAGGAGCGACGCGAACGAGGAACUCGUUCAAGGCAUCGUCGCGUCCGCGAUGGAGAGCUCGUCGCCCAGGCGUGGCACCCGGGCUCUCAUCUCCAAGUUCAACGCCAUCAGCAAUAUCACCAAGGUCACGGUGAAUUCCAACUUCUUCGCGAGAAACGCGAGGGAUCAACAAAUUGGGGGGAAAUUGGAGCGGGACGUGGCGAGGAACGCCAAGGUGUCGGAGCAUGCCAACGAUUGGAAGGAUCGUCCGAGAUUCUCCGCAACCGGACAAGCCGGCCACGUUGAGAAGGAUAUCUCCAGGUAUUUUCCACCGCAGCAAAAGGCGGUUGGAAAAGCGAGAGUGGAGAACACGGAAACGGGUGGCUCGAAGAUUUCGGGAAGCAAGAGUAGGCCGAGCAAGGAGCAGAACGAUAAAUUGGCCAGCGAAACUUCCAACAGGAUAUCGUUCCUGCAGAGUCAACUGGCUGCGAAUCGUACGAGCGAUCGCGCGAUCCUUCGCAAGGACGCGCCUGUCACGCAGCAGGAGAUUGGAUUGAAACAGGAAGGUGGGGAGAAGAGGGAGACGAAAACGAGCAACGAGGAUCUACGAGGAUACUUGUUCCCUCGUAAUUCCGCGGAGUCGAAGGAACGCUCCGUUGCAUCGAGCAUCUUCGACGAGCCGAGAAAGUUGAACAAGCAGCAACGUCUCGACGGUGUGCAGAAAGAAUUUUCGGACAUAUUCGACGAGAUCGAUAAACAGCUACGCGCGAAAGAAUUCAAAUUCAUCGAUCGGAGGUCGUUGCUCGAGAGCGCGACACCCGCUAAUCGGAGAAAUAAAGUUCGCGAGGAGGAAGGCGGAAUAUCAAGUAAGGUGACUAAAGUGCUCGAUAUCCUGGUGGAGGCGGAGAAAGACGCUAAGACAAAGAGCGGCGCGCCGCCAGAAAAAUCGAUAAUCCUCGGGGAUACGUCUCUACGUCCGAGCGAACCGAACGUGAAAACGAAAUCGGGUAAUAGCAGGUCGCCGUUAUUGAACACCAUCGAGGAUCCAAUUACGACGGAUUUAAAGGAGAUGUUGAAGGAAAUGAAACACUCGUUACCAAAGCGUUCGAAACCCGGCAAAAUUGUGACACGUAACACCGACGUGACGGAGAAACCAGUCGUGGAGAAAGAAACGGUUAACGUUUCAGAUCCUGGCAAGACCAGGUAUUUCGUUUCCGCGGUAACGAAAGUCGAGAGUAUAACGGUGCCAAACGAUUACGAGCUGGACAAACAAAAGGUGUCGUGCUCGGUACAAACUAGCGGAAAUAUACGAAGAUUGAAUCAACCCUCUACAUCUGUGGAACAACCGUCCACCUCGGGUUGGAAGCAAGAAAACGUGCUCUACAAAACGUCCGGGAAAAGCUUGGGUAGUUCCGGAUUGAAGAAUACGUUUCAGUUGAUACGGCCCCGGGAUUUUGCCGAGAUCGAAGCGACAAAAACGACGAGGACCGCGCUCAACGAGAACACUUACGCCAAUGUGAUCGAGCAAUCCAUCUACGCGAAUACGCACGUCCCCCCUCCCUCUCCUAAACCACUAAGUUCUAAUUCGUCCCGAGCCAACGUUACGAAAAUUGAUAAUAGCGGUGAGGUAUCGAAAGCAUCGCCCACGAUUCAACGAAAAUUCUCCACGCAGGAAGAUACGUUCGAGGGUAGCGAGGAAGAUGACAAUUCAGCGGAAAAAAAUAUGAACACGCUGGCCAUAAACCGAUUACUCAGAAAGUUAGAAGCGGCAAUAGCAUCUGGCCACCAUCAACAAGCGGCAGGUUUGGCGAAGGAGCUGGCACGGCUUAAAAUUCAUUGUUCCGUGAUUCGACAACGAUCAGCUCGUCUCAAAGAUCAGUUGAUUAAAGUCAAUAUGUACAUAGAAGACAAGCUUGCCCACCAGGGACCGAUACCCCUUCAGCUGCCGAGCAGGAUGACGGUGGCCGAAUUGAAAGCGAAGAUAUACACGGAAUUCGAAAUACCGACCAAUGUGCAACGAUGGAUCAUAGGUAAAAAUUUAGCAGAUCGCGAUGAAGCGAGUCUGAACGAAUUGCAGGCUGUUAACGGAUCUCCGGUAUUCUUGUAUCUCGUUGCCCCAGAAUUAAGACCUGAAAGUGUCGUACAAAUAGAAAAAAGUAGCGGUACAGAGGAAGUGCCAAAUGUGCCAAAUGUGCCAAAUGAUGACGCGAGCACGUCUACGGAAGUACUGCAGAUUGUGGAACAAGAUCACGAAGAAGUUGAAGAACCUCAGGAGAUAGAGGAGAGAAACACACCAGUGGAAGUGAAAAUGGACAGGUACGAAGAGUUAAUUUCUUUGGAAAACUGCGAUGUUAUUCCGAACUCCGAACCGAUCGAAUGUCCCGUAUGCUUCGUUACAUACGGUCCUCGUGAAGGAGUUAUCUUGAGGGAUUGCUUGCAUAUGUUCUGCAGAUCAUGUAUUGCUAAUACGAUUCGAUACUGCGAAGAAGCGGAAGUGAAAUGUCCUUACAGAGACUCGGAGUACACCUGUGAGUCGACUCUCCAAGAACGUGAAAUUAAAGCUCUCGUCGAACCAGAAGUUUACCAGCAACAUUUAGCCAAAUCGAUCGCUCAAGCGGAAAAUAAUGCUGGAAACAACGCGUUCCACUGUAAAACUCCGGACUGCCCUGGCUGGUGCAUCUACGACGACGAUGUGAACAACUUUCUUUGCCCCGUGUGCGGUGCAAACAAUUGUCUCACUUGCCAGGCUAUUCAUACUGGCAAAAAUUGUAAACAAUACCAACAAGAAUUGAGAUUAUCGAAGGAAACGGAUCAAGAAUCACGAAGGACUGCCGAGAUGUUGGAGGAAAUGGUAGACAGGGGUGAAGCACUCGCUUGUCCCACGUGUGCUGUUGUUUUGAUGAAAAAAUGGGGUUGCGAUUGGUUGCGUUGUUCAAUGUGCAAGACCGAGAUAUGCUGGGUAACGAGAGGUCCACGUUGGGGACCUGCAGGAAAAGGGGACACAUCCGGAGGCUGUAGAUGCGGAGAAAACGGAGUCAAGUGUCAUCCUCGUUGCAAUUACUGUCACUGAGAACCAUCAAGAGAUACAAUUACUGCAACGAUGCGUGCACGACCAAUGGGUGGAUGCAAUGGAAGAAAAGAAGUGCAAAUGCAAUGCAUCAUGGAUCAAAAUAUUUUUAUACCAUUAUCAGUGUCCCCGUAUAUCGGGAUGAAUCACUAGUCAAAGCAUCGAAUGGCUUGAUAUAUUAUAAUAACGAGUUUUGAUAAUCGAUAAAGUUGAUACUGAUAAGUUACAUUACGUAUACGUCGCAUACGCUGCUUGCUCAACGAUUAACCUUAUCGCGGAACCGUCCUUCGUGGAAUUGGAGAAUAAUUGAAAGUAAUAAAGAGGCAGACACCUCAGUUUUCAAC